UGUCAGUGUCAGAUGUCAAAAAAAAAUUAAAAAAAUCGUCUUUCCACGUCAAGAGAUUUUCAUCCCUUUAAAAUUUCCUUGUUUUCCAAUGUUUUCCUUUUAAAUAAAUUAAUGCAAAUUAAAUUUCAAAAGAAACAAAUACUUGUAGUGUUCAUCUAGAUGUAUUCUCAAUAAUAUCGGCUGUGGGUUCACCAGGAGCUAGGGGAAAUUAAUUAGGAAAAUGGCCAGCCCCAGAACGAGAAGAGUUUUGCAAGAAAUAAAGCCCAAUAACGAGAAUGAUAAAUGUUUCGAAUGUGGCACACACAAUCCCCAAUGGGUAUCGGUGACCUACGGCAUCUGGAUCUGUCUGGAAUGUUCCGGCAAACACCGCGGAUUAGGAGUCCAUCUAUCGUUUGUCCGAUCGGUUACCAUGGACAAAUGGAAGGACAUUGAAUUGGAAAAAAUGAAGGUUGGCGGAAACAGAAAUGCUAGGGUGUUUUUCGAGGCCCAACAAGAUUGGGAUGAUACAAUGUCGAUACAACAAAAAUACAACACCAAAGCGGCUGCUUUAUAUAGAGAUAAGAUAUCCACCCUGGCCCAAGGUAAACCCUGGGACGAAAAGAAAUCAUCAGCUCAAAAAUUCAAUAGCGGCUAUAUAUCGCCGUCAAGUCAAACUAGCAACUAUUCAGCUUCAGCUUCUUCGUAUCAAUCCAAUAAUGACUCAUCUACCGAAGGCUAUCAAGGCGGAUAUCAAAAUUACAAUUCGCCAGAGUUCAAGGACCAAAAGGAGCAGUUUUUCGCUAAAAAACAAUACGAAAACGCUUCUAAAAGAGAUGAUCUCCCUCCGAGCCAAGGGGGCAAAUACAGCGGAUUUGGUUACACUAGAGAGGCACCACCACGAAGUCAAUCUCAGGAAUUUGUAGAUACUGCUUUGUCUUCAUUGGCUAGUGGUUGGUCUUUUCUUUCAACGUCAGCCAGUAAAGUAGCCAACAAAGCCACAGAGAACGUAGUGAAAUAUGGAGGAAUCGCCACACAGAAGGUAGUUGAUAUUAGUUCUCAUGUAGGCGAAAAGGUAAAAGAAGGCACUUUGAUUGACGAUGUCGGUUCGCAAGUAUCUAAUUUGGCAAACAAGAUGGGAGAGUUGGGUCGCAAAGGUUGGAAGGAAAUGGGAGGUACUACAGCGUCUCCGCCAGGUUACCAAUCUGGUGGGUAUGGGCAAGUCGGUGGAGAGAAUUACCAUUCGCCGGGAGAAAGGUCUUCUUUGGUUGGCAGUGGAAACGGUUUCGGGGAUGAUUGGAGUACUGGAAGUCAACAAGGAUCAAAAGCCUCUAGUCCAAAAUCGCCAAAUUGGGAAUCAUCUAGUUGGGGCUAUCAGAAUGACACGCCCACCGGAGGAUACCAAUCUGAUUAUAAGGAAUAUUCCGCUAGUGCUAGUAAUAGUAUAACUACGUCGCCCACGGAAGCUAAAGCGACAAAUCGGAAAGAAAAGAAAAAAGAAGCCAAGAAACCUGUGGUGGAAGACAAAUGGGGUGACGACGAACUAUGGGAAAGCCUAAAUAAAUAAGUAGUCAAUUAAUUGUUCAAUGUUUUUACAUUGAACCCACCUUUAGUUUAUUUUGGUCAAGUGUCGAUGUUUGUGUGAUUUAUUGUAUCGAAACGAUAAGUUGCAACUAAAUGGAGUCACACCAAAGUAUUAUUGCAUUUAUGGAGCAUGUCUUGUGAAAUUAUUCUUUGUUGUUAUUUAUAUGACUUGUGCUAAAAUAUCUCUACGACUGUGAGGUUAUUUCAAAUAUUUUAUUUUUUAAAUAUACAAUUAUUAUUAUUGUGGCUCAAAUUGGUCGGUUAAUUAUUUGAAAAUACCUAUUAUUUCGAGCUUAAAUUUUUUUUCAAAUACAAUUAGCAAUGUUUUGUUAGUCUUGUCUUUAGACAAAAUGUCCAAUUUGGGUCAAUUUACUUAGAUACGUAGUUAGGAUAUACAUAUAUUUAAAAAAAAAAAAGCCACAUAUUUUUAGUAUACCUAAUAAUGUAACUGCCCUUUUUAAACUGUUUCAAUGGUUCUAGUCAAAAUUAGCUGAUAAAUACUCUGUGCAACAAAAUGAACCUCUUCAAUGGUUUUUCAGUCCCCCGUGUAACGUCUCUGUCAAAAAACCCAAUCUGUUAUUUGUAUAUAAUAUAUUUAAUUAUAAAAUAAAAACUAUUUUCCUAUGUUUUGGUUGUUUUUAUUUCACAAUAUAACGAGUGUGUUUAAAAUUAAUCGUACAACUAUUAGCUGUAUUUUAUUUACAGAUUUAUGCCAAUUUAUAAUUUAGCAGCUAAAAAUGCAACAAUAUCGAUCACAAUAAAUACUACAUUUAAUUAAUUUUUUGGUAUGCUAAGCAAUAAUUAAGGUUUCUUAUGCCUCUGAUAAAACAUUUUAAUGUCAGUGGUGGGUAUAUAAAUACAUAUACAGGGUGUCUAAAAUACAAUGUACCUACCACUAUUGCUAUCUUUUUAACUGAACUUGUAUCUUUUCUGAUUCCAAGUUAGCAAUAAGUGGGACAUGAUAUUUUGGACAUUCUGUAUGUUUCCAACAGGUCAGUAUAUAAAAUCUGGGUAUAUACCAGGAUUAUAAUAAAUUCUUUGCUUGCUCCAACAGUAGAUAAUGAGACGAUUUCGCCGACCCCCUCCACUCAUUUUCCAAGGUCCUCCUGCUGGCCAGUGACACGAUUCCUCCCCUAUUAGGAAAAGCGAGUGCAUGGACGAGCAAAUAAAAUUGAAUAGCAUUUUUCAAUAUACUGAACAUAUAAAAAUAAUCCUGAUAAUGUCUACAAUAUGGAACCUCAAUUAUGUGUUCAUUCUUGAUUGUCUUUAUAGGCUUACUCAUACAUAUGCAAAAAUGAGACUGAUGUGAUUUUUUCCAAUUUUCGUGCCCGUGCAAUUGAAGUUCCACUGUUUACUUUUAUCAAAAUACACCACUAUAAUAUGGCUUAUUGUGGCGAAAAAAUAUAUACAUAUACCCCUACUUAUACUUACACAAAAAUAGUACGGAACAUUUAAGUUACAUCUAAGUAAAAUUUCGCUUUUAGCAAGUUAUUAUUAUUAUUCUAAUUUGGAUAAUUUUUAAGUGUAAUAGCGAGAGCAAAAUUACUGUUUGUGUUGAUAUUGAGAAUAAGUUCUAGCACAAUCCUCCUCCUGAGUAUUCGUCAUCGUCUUCGGGCUGGUGUCCGCUGGAAGCUUCUUCAUUGUUGUCCCCAGCUUUGUAGGAGUCAGUUGGAAC